AUGACAGCAUGUGAUCGCUAUAAGCCAGACAAUGUUUUCAACAGAUUCAAGAUGGUAGAAUUCCCAAUAUCUUUCGUUGGAUUGUCGUCUACAAAAUACCUCGAUGUGGAAGUAGAUUUGAGUACCUCAGCAUAUCUAAAAACUACGUAUGACGGCAAUUUAUUGAAAUUCAGUGAAGCCCGUGAAAUAUCUGCAUCACAUAGAGCAUUUGACAUAACUAUACUAGACAAGAGAACUAUACUGAUAACAUUUAAGCCUUUAACAGAAUGCAUUUCGAGAGCAAAGCGAAUAAAGCAGUUUGAUAACAGAUUUAUAUUUGAUCUACGAUUGAUACAAGCAGAUGGAGUCAGAUGUUGUAAUAACGAAUUUCACUCAGAAGUUGGUCGAUAUUAUAUAUGUGGAGAGUUUGAAUACUGCACCAUUACCCAUUUUCCUAAAAGCGUUAACUUCGGAGACGUCAUUAUGAAUACAAAAUUAACGAAAUAUAUAAGACUAAAUAAUGAAUCUAAACUAAUUUCCGCCAAAAUGGAAUACGUACGUAUAACUGGAUUUGAGGUCACACCUCAAAAUUUCGACAUCCCUGCUAAUUCUUCUAAACGUUUAGCAAUAACAAUUAAACCAACUUGCUUAAAAAUAUGUAAUACUCUAAUAUUUAAAAUACGGAAUCCUCACGACUUUACCGACGAAACUGAUGAAAAUUUUUUAACAUACACUAUUAAGUGCAAUUUUAAUAUUAUUUGUAAGAAACGUUCGAAGAAUAUUAUAACAGAAUCGUUACAUAAAUUAAAUGAACUAAAUCCUCAUUAUACGUAUUUAAAUAAAGAAUUGGAAAUACAUGCUAACAGAAAAGCUGUAGCUAAAAAAUAUUUAGAGAUAGGUAAAAUGUCUCAUGUUCAAAAACCUGUAAUUGAAAAAUUUUGCGCUAAAAAAAGAAUAUGGUGUUUGGAUGCCUUUUUUAAUACUAACAAACUUACAAAAAAUGUCUGCAAAGGAAUUCUUGAAAAAAUUACACCUUAUAACCUUUUUGAUAUCUUACUUAAUCCCUUUUUUAUUGAUUUUGGUCGUGUUGGAUUAUUGACAUAUGGUGAACAAGAUUUAAGUAUAAAAAAUAAUAGCAAAUACGAUAUUACUAUCAAGUUAUUGAAUGACCCAUAUAUACUUUAUACAGAUGAUAAGUUAAAAAAUGUGUCUUUUAAACUAAAGUCAUCGAACUCUGUAGACGUAAAAGUAUUUUGUUUAGGUUUUGUCGAAGGUACUUAUAGAGGUACAUUUGAUUACAUAAUAGAUGAUAAAUAUAAACGAAAACAUAGUUAUGCUCUUCAGGUAAGUAAUCCUACAUUAAUGGUCAUGGAGAAAAGUUUAAAGUUUGGUAUGGUUACAAAUGAAAGUUUUAUUACAUCAGUCCCAAUACGCAUACAUAAUUAUUUUAAUAUCACAGUUGAUUUUAAAUGGGAUAAACUACACCCAGAUACGCCUUUUGAAAUAAUUCCCAAUUCUGGUUGUGUCCCAAAACAUACUUGUAAAAUAUGUGACGUUUUGUACACUUGUAGAGCAAGUAAAUCAAAGAUACAUGAAGUUGAUUUUGUAUCUGAAAGUAAAACGAGUAAAAUAUUUCCUAUUGAACUUAGUAUAAUCACGAGAAAACUUUCUAUAAAAUUUUUACAACCAGCAGUUAUUUUUAAAGAUAUUGUAUUAAAUUUAGAAACUAUAGAAAGAGUAAAACUGGAAAAUUCAUCUAGAGAAAUUGCUGUAUUUCAUGUUUUAGAACCUCUAAUUCCAGGUUUCAGAAUAGAACCUAUGUCGGGCACUAUAAGACCAAAAAUGAUAAUGACUUUUGAAAUUAUUGUAAAAAUUUCCUGUGUAUUGGAAUUUGCCUUUGAUAUUUUUGUAAAAAUAAAUAAUAACGAAAAUAUAAUUUUACCCGUCAGCGGAAACGUAGUAGAGCCAAGAUUAAUCAUUCAUCCUAAAUGCAUCUACAUGUCGCGUGUACCUUGUAAUAUGAUAACGUAUGUUCCGGUUAUAUUUCAAAAUACUAGUACACUAAAAAGCAUAGUAGAAGUAUCAGAUACAGGUGAUAAAAAUAUAUUUAAUGUUUAUUCCGCCCAAGGAAACGAUAAACAAAGAAUAUUUGAGUUUCAUGUAGAUGGAGGACAAUCGAAAACAGUUUUUAUAAAAGUAUUUGACACAUUUCGUAGAGAGUAUGAAAUGUAUAUACCAUUCAAAAUAAAUAGAUUAUUAGGACCACCAAAUCAAAAUUCUUCGUCAACAGAUCUUCAACAUUAUAUUAGUGAAUAUGAACAGCUCUAUAAAAAUAAUUCAAAAGUUAGAUUGAAAACUACAACUAAGGACAUCAGUUUCUGUAAAAUAAUCGGCGUUAUUACGGUGCCUUGGAUACAAUUUUCUGUAGAAAAAUUCGAAAUUGAUUUCGUACAAAAUAGCACUAAUGCUAUACAAUUUACAAUGACGAAUAUAUCUAAAUAUUAUUUGUAUGUUACUAUAUUAACAUCAAAAUUAUCACCAAAUUUUACAUUAGAUUUAAAAACUGAAGAAAACCAAUUGAUUAUAAAUGAGACUCAUAUAAAAUUUGAACUUGAAUGCAAAAAACAAGCCGAUUUUUGUUUAAAAUUUCAUCCUAAGGGACAUGGAAAAUUUACUUCUACAGCUAUAUUAUAUUUAGAUAAACAUAUGACAAUACCUUACUACAAUUUAACAUUUAUUGGAAAACGCCAAACACCUUUAAUGGUACCCAGUACAUAUUGCAUAGUAUUUCCUCCUUGUCAUGUGGGAACAAAAAUUUCUCGGAUAAUUAAUAUAAAACUUGAAGCUGAAUCAGAUUUGAGUUCAUUUUCUUGUAUGUCCCGAGAAGAGUCUUAUCUAAACGUCGAAUUUAUAGACUCAGAAACAAUACUGAAUCAAGGUGAAUACAAUACGAUAGUGCAAAUCGAAAUAACCGUUUGUUGCCAAAUCACUUAUGCUCAUAAUUUAACACUUACUUUUAAUCAUGAAAGCGGUUCUGGUUGUGAAGUCGAAGUCAGCUUUUGUUUUACUUAUUGUCCAUUGACUUUGCAUACAAGAUUUAUAGUCACGCCAGCGGACAAUCCAUUCCCGUAUUUUCCUCUUAGUACCCAAAGUGAACUCUAUGAAUACCUUGAAUCGUGUUCCAAAUUUUUAGAAAAGUGGAUGUUUCAACAGGGUUUUCGUAGAGAUUUAUACCCUGUUAUUCCUGAUACUUUCCAUGCUAUAUCUUCAGCCAUAUCUUCUCAACCUAGUGGAACUAAAACUAAAGGAAUUAACGUAUCUUACUUGAACUUUGUAAGAAGGAUUGCAGGACCAUUGAUGAAACACGUCCCUAAAAUAUCACUACACGGCAUUGAUGAUUCUUUUAAAACUGUUAAAGAAAUACAUGAUACAUAUAAACAAAUUAUAAAUUUGUUAAGAUCGCGUGGCGCAAACCUAUGGGUAUUACAAGCUAAAUUUCUCUUAAGUUUUGACCAAUUUGUAAUAUAUUCUGAAAAUGUAACACCUAAGUAUAAUGCUGACAUUAUUUUAACAAGAGAGCUUUUAGCUGAUAUGCAAUUAUUCAACAGACUUAACAAACAGAGUUGGAUUGAUUUUAUUUUACAAAGUUACAAAGUCUUCGUAAUGGAUAGCUGUUUUUUUGAUUGCAUAUGUGUCAGUUCUCAACCUAGAGAUAUCAUUAAAGUUUUAGUAGAUUGGUAUAAUGAACAAAUAUCAAUGCAACAUGAAACAUUACUUAGAAAUCAUAAAAUGUGCAAAAUUAUUCAUAAUAUAACUACCGAUUUAUCUGAUGGAAUUGCUCUAGCAUCUGCAAUUAUAAAUUAUUGUCCAUUUAUGAAAGAAUAUUUUACAGUAUUUUGCACAGUUGACGAUGAUAAUAAAGAAGGUGGUAUUAUUAAUAAUGCAUGUCUAAUCAUUGAAGCUUUAAAUUUACUACGACUUUAUUUCCCUCUUACCAGUAAAGAUUUAUUAGAGCCAAAUUUUUUACAAAUGUUAUUUUUGUCGGUACAUUUAUAUGUAACUUUGCCAAUGCUUAAACCAAAGGAUUUUAUUAAAUUUAAUCCACCUCUUUUAAGAAGUUCAACCCGACAAGUAGCUAUUGCACCAGCAAGUCAAGAGUCAUUAAUAUUUAACUAUAUGAUUCUGAACAAUACACAAAAUAACUUCGUAGUAGAAAAGACUCCAGCAGGUGAUAAUGGUAAAAAGAUGUUUUUAAGUGUAAAAUAUAUUGCUAAUUAUGUAUCCGAAGAGACUUGUAUUCUUCUUGUCCAUGGAUAUAAUAAAACUAGAAUAUUUGACACAUAUAUGGUAUUCGUACUCCAUGGGUACAUUGGAGCUUUAAACCCAGUAAGAAAAUGUAAAAUAACUGGACCUCUAUAUCGUCCUGUAAAAGUUGAUAUUUUAGUAUCAUCUCCAUUUACUAUGUCUGCAAUAUUUCAAAUAUAUUUAACAGAUAACGAACCAACAAUUCCAGUCAUUUUUGAGUCCAACAAUAAACCUAGAUUUUAUUUGCGAAGACUCAACCUUAUCGACAAUGAAAUAUCUUUAAGUGGCUUGCCAAAAGAAAGUGGACAAGAAAUUCAAGAACAUAAGUUAUACUUACAAAUGAUUUGUCUGAGUACUCAAACAGAAAAUACUUGGAUUUGGUUUACAAGCAAUAUAGGACAUUUUUUUAUUAGAAUAAUCUCACAGCCUCGUUGGGAUCUGUCUAUAGAUACUUUGCAUGCAAAAGUUCAUACCUGGCCUAUGGAUCCCUGCAGCUGCGGAGAAGCUUGUGAGUGCUAUAGAACAACGGUCCUAAUGAUACCACACCGCAAUGAUUUUAUGGUCAAAUCUUUACGAUAUGCUUUACUUCAGCACGCAUCCGAUAUUAUGAUGAAAGUUUUUGAUCAAUUAAUAGAAACGUCAACAGGAAAAAUAAUUAUUGGAAUGUUGUUGACUGAAGGAGGGACACAUAUGUCUGAUGUGGAACACAUUCUUCACAGUGAAAUCACUUAUCGCAUAACAUCACGAACGCUUCUGCCUCGCCUGGAUUCUGUGAAACUAGCGCAACAUACUACCGCUAUGUUACCCCUACCAAUUACAGUACCAGCUCAGGAUAAAUCUGAGAAAUAUUUUGUAGUAUUCACAUCUGACUGUGGAAUGGAUAUACGCACUUAUAGAGUUCUCUUCAUAGAAACUUCCGAAAAUGUUUCUAAUUUGUAACUAAGACUACCGAAUUAUUCUUAUUUUAUAAUUCUUUCAGCACAAUUUAUAGUUCUUUUAUUUUUUUUAUAUCUAUAUUAAUAUUAUAUUUCUCUCACUGAUUUAGUCAUUUAUGACUAAAUCUAUUUUGAUGAAAUUUGAUAUAGGGAUUAUUUUGUCAAUAAUUAAAAUACCUCUACAGUUUUACAACUAUUUAUAUGUCUGUCUUCACGAUAGAUCCCAUUCGAGUAUUCAGGUGAAACCCAGUACAAAAAAAAAUAUGUAAUCAUUCCGCACUUCUUUCACUUAGUAAAUGUUGAUUAUUAUUAUAAAAGAUUAAAUCUCUCUAAAUAAUAUAAGACAAACCGCUGCAUCUAUUUGUAUCUCCACUUCCUUCUAAAACAUCUAAAUCGAUUUUGAUACGGGUGUUACUGUCAUUGAGAUAUUUUUAUUUUUAUACGGAAAGUUUACACAUACAAUUUGAACCUAGGGGUCACUAGUUGUAUAUACCUAUUCAAAUUGUUAAUAUUCGGUAUGUACCUAUGGUUUAUUUAUGUAACUAAAAAAUUUACUUAUUAUGUUAAUACUUAAAUUUGACAUGUUUAUUUUAACAAAAUGUCUACUUAUUUUGAUUAUUACGUGUUUGUUUAUUUAGUUUUUCUUUAUUUACCAUUAGCUUUUGUAUUUAUUAUGUCGUAUCAUAGUGACAAAAUCUAACAAAAAAAUCAAAUAGUAAAUUAUCGUCAGCUGCCAAGUUAAUUAGCCAUAACCUCAUAUAAUAAACCAAUAACUUUCCAUUAUUGUAUACGAGUCAUCCCUUAUAAGGAAAGUUUUAUUUCGAUUUUUCUACCUUUAUACUGGUGUAUUUUUCCUAUUUUAUUCCCUUAAUCUUUUCUGACGAUGAAAAAAAUCCUCAUAGUUUACAAUGUUACACGGUUUGAUGAUUUUGUCACUAUGGACACCUUUUUAUUAUAUUUUUUGUUAUCGAGUUUUACUACUUUACUAUGUAACAAACAAGUUUCUAUAAAUUUAAUAA